AUGGCAGCGAAUAUCACCGAGAUUGGAUCGCAAAAAGUGCGGCACUUAGUUAACGGAGAGGUAGUGGAGCUCAAGAGUUUUUGGGAGAACCAAAAUGUGGCCAUCGUUUUCUUUCGUCGCUGGGGCUGUAUGCUCUGCAGGCUGUGGGCUAAAGAGCUAAGUGAAAUCGCCCCAGUUUUGAAAAAACACAACAUAAAGUUGGUUGGCAUUGGCGUAGAAGAGGCUGGCUCUAAGGAUUUCAUCAAUGGAAAAUACUUUGACGGAGAGCUAUACUACGUAGACAACUUGUCCACGUACCAGCUACUCGGCUUCAAACGCUUUAAUGUCGUCAGCAUCAUCUCAUCACUUUUCUGGAAGCAGUCCAGAGAUGCUAUCUUUAAAGGACGUGGCAUGGGGUUAGGUGGUGAUUACAAAGGAGAUUGGGGACAAACGGGAGGUGCCUUGCUGGUCGGAAAGGGCGGGAACCUACUCCGCCAGUUUGUACAAACUGGGCCCGCCGAUCAUUUGAGCAAUUUGGAGAUUUUAAAGAACUUUGGUUUGGAGAAUGAGUAUAAACCGGAGACCAUGGCUAACAAGAAACACGAAGAGGCUGAAUGUGCUGUGCCAGCUACAGAAGGUUAG